AUGAAUACACAAGGACUUUUAUAUAUUGAUUACGUUAGUUUACACUCGCGUUUUCUCCUUCAAAAUAAAGAAAACUUUGACCCUGUUAAUAAAACUUUUGCAGGAGUUCAUCGUAAUAAUAAUUACGUCCGAAGAACAAACUCAAAGUUGAUGAACUUUGUACCACAAAGGAACAACAGGGAUCCGUUGAGGGAAAUUUUUCUCUACCAAGAAGAAACUGUCAGCCACACUGUCGCCAAUACACACACCCAUCGCACUGUCACCCGAGCGACUACAUCACGUGAUACAGAAAUCAUUUCAGCUGAUCCAAGAGCAUCAACAAAUACAAAUCAAGACGCAAAGAAAAAAAAAAAAUCACGGGACGGAAAUAGAAGGUCUCGAGCCAAGCCAAGAACCAAACCAAUAACCGAAGAAAGCUUAUUGAAAUUGAGAUGA